AUGGAGAGCCACCAGCUGUGCUACUACGUGCUGGGCCUCGUGCACUCGAUCUGGUCGCCGAUCCCCGGCGGCCUGGAGGACUUCAUCGGGUCCCCCAAGACCAACGGCUACCAGAGCCUCCACACGCGCGUCGUGCCGCUGUCCAUCCUUUCGAAAAACUGCCCGCUGCUGCCGAUGGAGGUCCAGAUCCGGACUGCUGACAUGGACCGCCUCGCGGACCUGGGGGUGGCAGCGCGCAACUGGGGCGUCAAGCGGCCGCCGGGGCGGCUGGCGGGCUGGGCGGGGCUCGGUGGCAUGGCGGCGGCGGUCGCGGACGUCAUGCAGCAGGAGCCCGCGGGCAGCGCGGCGGAGCGGCGGGAGCCGCCAGGGCCGGGCGUAGCGGGGCAGGAGCAGCAGCGGCUGGGCGCGGCGCCGCCCGGCGCAGCAGUGGACGGCAGCAGCAGCAGCGGCGGCGGCGGCGGCGCGCGGGCGUUCUGGAUGAACCUGGCGACUUACAUGCUGGAGACAGUGGUCGCGGGCGGCAGCAGCCUGGCGGCGAUCACGGGCGUGCGGGGGCCUCACUUUGGGGGCAGCCCGUUCAGCAGCCGGGACGAGGACCACGAGGACGCCCGCGGCGGCGGCGGCGGCGGCCGCUGGAGCCCCGCGGCAAGCAGCAGCAGCAGCAACGGCAACGGCGCGCCGGCGCCGCCGGGCCCGCCCCGUGCGGGCGCGGGCGCAGGACCCAGCGCGGUCGUGCGCGCCGCGAGCGGCGGAGGCAGCGGGCCAGACGGCCAGGGCGGCGCGGCGGCGCGGCGCGCCGCGGCGGCGGCCGCGAAGGCGUCGAGCAGCUUCCUUCCGUCGGCGCUGAGGAAGCAGGAGGCGUCGUCGGACGGCAACUGGCUGACGCAGAUGCGGAAGUGGCAGGAGGAGUUUGUGGGCAGCCUGUCGGCGCGGGAGUUUGUGGACGGCGUGACCGCGGAGGUCCUGGGGCAGAGCGUGUUUGUGUACACGCACACCGGGGAGCUGCGGCGGCUGCCCAAGGGCUCUACUGUGGUCGACUUUGCCUACUCUGUCCACACCCAAAUUGGCAACGAGAUGCGCGCCGCGCUCGUUAACGGCCGCCUCGUCGCGCCCUCCUACGUCCUGUCCAACGGGGAGGUCGUGGAGGUGCGCCGCGAGCCGUCCUCCGCGGUAACGCCUUCCAUGGUUCGCCGCCACGAGCAGUGGGUCGGGUUCGUGCGCACCCGCACCGCCAAGCUGAAGAUCAAGCAGUUCUUGAAAGACCACGCGCGCCGGCAGCGGCGCUGCGGGCCGGGCAGCGGUGGGGGCGGUAGCGGCGGGAGCGGGAGCGGGAGCGACAGCGGCUGCGAUGAUGAGGACGAGCCGUGCGGCGCGGAGGAGGAGGGUGGCGGCGCCAACAGCAACGGCAACGGCGUGGCGGGCGCGAGCCCCGCGCCCGCCGCGGCCGCGGCCGCGCCUGCCGCUGCAGCCGCCGCUGCCGCUGCUGCUGCCGCCGCGGCGCCCCCCGACAGCACGAGCGUCACGACGCUGUCUAUAUCGUGCGCGGACAAGAUGGGCCUGCUCGCAGCGGUUUGCAACGUAAUCACGGACAGCGGCCACAACAUCAAGUCCGUCUCCGCCCUGCCCGGCCGCGGCGCCGCCGCACCCGGCAGCGCCCCCGCCGCCGCCGCCGACGGCGUCGCGUGCGGGGAGUACGUCAUGACGUUUGUCCUCAAGGGCCGCGACGCGCGGCUGGCGGAGAUGCUGCAGCAGAUCCUGGCGCUUGAGGGGGUGAUUUCCUACAGCAUCAGCUGCGAGCUGCCGCAGGCGCUAGCCUCGGGGCGGGCGCGCGGGGCCGGCGGCGGCGGCGGCGGCGGCGCGCUGCUGGGUCUGGCCGCGGCGUACGGGCUCGCGGCCGCCGCGGCGCUCGGGGGCGCGGGCUUCGGCGGCGCGGGGCUGCUGGCAUAG